UCCUGGUCACAAACUUGGGGUUGAAGAGCAAACGCCACCCGCUCGUAGCUACUGGCGCAGCCUCGGGGUCCCCUUCCCUGCCAGUUCCUCUCCCCUACCCCCACUCCCUCUCCCGGUCUUUGCCGACCUUCCGCGUCCCCCGCCCAGCGCCGCUGCCCCAGCCGACGUGGCGGAGCGCACAGGUCGCGGUCAGGUGGUCGGUGACGCCCGGGACCGGCUCCCGGGAGGGCGGUGCCGACGCCCGGGGUGGGGACUGCGCGGGCGGCCGCGGGCGGAGCGCGGAGCGCGGAGCGCGGAGGAGCGCAGCAGGCCGAGCGCCGGGAGCGAGGUGGCUCAGACAUGGACCGCGGCGAGCAAGGUCUGCUGAAGACAGAGCCAGUGGCCGAGGAAGGAGAGGAUGCUGUUGCCACGCUAGGUGCUCCAGAGAUGCUGACGGAGGAGGAGCAAGAGGAGCUGAGACGGGAACUCACGAAGGUGGAAGAAGAAAUCCAGACUCUGUCCCAAGUAUUGGCCGCCAAAGAGAAGCAUCUCGCUGAGAUCAAGCGGAAGCUUGGGAUCACCUCACUUCAGGAAUUCAAGCAGAAUAUCGCCAAAGGGUGGCAGGACGUGACCGCAACCAAUGCAUACAAGAAGACAUCUGAGACGCUAUCGCAAGCUGGGCAGAAGGCCUCUGCUGCAUUCUCAUCGGUUGGCUCUGUCAUCACCAAAAAGCUGGAAGACGUGAAUAUCCGCUCCAUUCAGCAUUCGAUUAGCAUGCCUGCAAUGAGAAACUCCCCAACUUUCAAGUCAUUUGAAGAAAAAGUUGAAAACUUAAAGUCUAAGGUAGGAGGAGCCAAGCCCGCUGGCGGCGAUUUUGGAGAAGUCCUGAAUUCCACAGCCAAUGCUACCAGUACCAUGACCGCAGAGCCGCCUCCAGAACAGAUGACAGCGAGCCCCUGAGCUGCUGAUCUGUGUGUGUCCUGCUGCCCACUGCCGGGUGCUGCAAGCGAGAGCCAAGCACAUCUUGACAACACUCAAUGGCUGCAGAUUUCCACCAGAUGUGCUUUUAUUUAGCUUUACUUAUUUCUUUGACCAAAUAGUUUAUGAAUGAAACAGAGAAACCACCUUCACCUCCACUCCAGGGAAACCCCCCGUUAGCAUGCAUGGAAGGCCCUCUGUAAAGGAAAGAGCAUCGUAGAGCCUGUGGUAGGUCCCUGCAGGCACCCACUGUGUUUCUCCUUAAAAUCACUGUACAUCCGGAUUCUAGCUCGAUCUUUCUGUACUAUCUACAUGAGUCAUUCUUUUUGGGUCUCUGUACACUUAAUCAGUUUCUAACUAAAACUGUUCUUUUCUAAAUUCUGAUUAUUAAAAGUCUUGUAAUUAUUUCAUUACUUUCAAAGGAGAAACUACCAGCUACAUUUUGUUUUUCUUGGAUAAACAGUUAUAUGAGGACCAUAUCUUGGGUUUCUGAAGAUACCAGACUAAAGUAGACAGGUGUGUAUGCAGUUCAAUAGUUCCAUAAAUUAAAAACACGCAGACACUCAAACUUCCAGUGGUGAGAGUGUGCCCUCACCGUGGUAACUGCCAUUUGUAGCUACAUCUAUUUCAGCAUAUCAGUUAUUUAUUAUACCAUUCUUAUGCAUUUUUUUUUACAAGAUUAAAAUUUAAUUUCAGGUAAAUUGACAGAAUAACGAUGUGAGACAAGUAUAUGAUAUUACAGUAAGUUGGAAUGUUCCCAUGCUCAUCACUAAUAAUUUUAAAAGUCUAAAAAGUCAUUAGGUCUAUACAGUUAUAAAAAUGCUAAAAAUAAUUCACCGUAGGGGAACUUACUGCCUCCAUUAAAUCCAUUGGACACCCUUUAGGAAGCACAGAAAGUUCUAUGAGAAAUACAACUUGAAUAUUUUUUUUUUAUUCUAAGGUAUUGUUGAUAACUCCGAAGGCUGUAAGGCGUUAAUACAAAUGAGCUUGUCAGGCUGUACUUGUUUUCAGUGUGUUGGUGACUGUGAACUGUACUGUAGACAUUAUUCCCACUCUGAGAACUGCCGGGGCUUGCGAAUCAAAGCUUCCAGAUGUCUCUGCUGAGUUCCUCUAUUAGCUGUGGUUACUACUGAUCCACUACAGUCUCCUUUGCUCUAUAUGUUUAUGGCCUAUGAGGUCGCAUCUGUUACUUAUCUGUUGUGGUGGGUUUUACCAGUGUCCAUGCCAAAUGUGAAUUGCCAAGCUUGGAGUGACCUAAAGCAUUUUUCAAAAGCAUGACUAGAUUUAAUUGAGGAUAAGGUUCCUGCAGACCGGAAUUGAAAAGCCACAGCGUCGGUUGUUACAAAAUGACAUGCUGCCAUUCCUGACUGCUACUUGGAUGCAAUGGAAACUAUGCUUGAUUACAUGUGAAAAUCUUAAUAAAGGCUGUGUCUCAGUA